AAAUGGGGUGAGUUUCUACACCCGGCUCCUUCCUGGACGUUGACCAGCGUCUUAUCACCCAAAUAAAAUAUUUAUUUCCAAAUCCUAGAGUCAUGGGCAACAAGGACGGCGCAUCGUUAGCCUUCAGCGAGCUGCGAAAGGAAUCGCAAGAUCUAUACAACCGAAUCCACUCUAUAGCAGAGGAUGCCGAUUUCGUAGACCAAGUCUAUCAGUCUUACCCCAGACUCCCUCUCAUCCCCAACAUGCGAUGUGGGGCAUGGUACACUGACCCUGACACCGCGUCAAACGAACGCGCAUAUUUCAAGUCUACCGACGGACACACCGGAAACUGGAGCUUCAAUCUUCGAAGGCCUAAUUUACACGUAUUGCCUUUGAUUUGUGCGCACGCAGGGCUGCUCUUGGUGGAUUCUACGAGAGCAGGCAAACGCAUGCCAGAUGCGCUCUCUAAAACCGUUCCAAUCUGGUGCGCUGUCAUGAAUAGAGCCGUUCUUAAAACUGCUCCGAACAUAAACGUGGAUGCGGAUGCUUGGAAUACGAAGUUGUAUACCCCACCUGGUGUGGUCAGCGCGCAAGAGCAUGAUCAGAUCGAGCAGAAGUUGGAUGGGUGGGCGGAUGAUCUUGCCGCAUCGUUCUACGUACUCCCGAAAUUGCAACACCCCCUCCGCCCGAUCUGGAUAACACCCAGCACCACCAUAUUCCCCAAAUUCCCUAAAACAGAUGCUGAGCGGCGAUUCUACCCUAUCAUCUGCAUAUCUGCCUCGAAGCAGGUUUUAGACGGCAUGGAGAGACGCGUCACAGGUUUUUCGUAUAUCCAGGGAUCUGGGGAUGAUCAUGAGUUGUGGAGUAUGGGCCUCACCCCCACUCAAUUCUGGAAACAUAAACAGACCCUCCUCAACGCAAACCGAAACGAACUACCAACCCUCGUCCAAGCUCUCACGUCCUCCUCAAACACACAAUCUACCCACACCAACUCGAACUCGUCAUUCCACCCUACAUCCAUUCACCACAUCCACGGUAGACUCUCAAUAUGCACCACUGAUGAUAUCCCCUCUUCUCUCAACGACGAGUUUGCGGCGGUCUAUCUAACCAAUGCAGAUCAGGCACCACCCGCUCUCAAAGACCAUCCACACGUCCUAUAUAUCCAAACGCCUCGAGGCAAAAAAGGCCAGCAUCAUUUCCUACACUCCGUCCUCCCACAAACCAUGCCCUUCAUCUUGCACCACCUCCAGAAUACACGCCGCAUCUGCAUAGCAUGCGAAACGGGCACCGACACAAGUAUCGGCGUCGCCCUAGCAGCUCUCACAAAGUUCUUUGAUAAUUCAGGGAAAUUCUGCGAUGAGCACGAGUACGAACGGGAGGGUGUCCUUUCCAAAGACAACAUCAAAACCCGCUUGCACUGGAUAAUAACGAGUUGUCCACAAGCCAACCCUUCGCGCACCACUCUCAAACGCGUCAACGAAUUCCUCCUCUCACCUCCCGAAUUCCUCAUCUCGCCCCCAAAAUUACUUCCCCCCUCUGGCGUGCCAACCUCAUCUCGUGAACGCGAAACAAUCUCGAUCCCCGAAACAAUGCCAUAAACAACAAUCCGAAACUGAGUACGCAUACCAGCAUGGUAUGUCAGAGGAACAAGAUAAUGCUUCCCAGGGGUUUUACCCCUCUUGGGAAUAUCAACGCUCCAAAGCGCGUCGGAGUAAGACCCCGGGGAAGCGAUGCAUCGUUAGAGAUUUACGCUUGAGGAGGGGAAGAAGGAGAUGUUGGCGGUGACCGAUCACUGCAAGCUACGCCAUUCGAAGAAACCUCGCUUAAUUACAGGUGAAUUUUGGAGAAAGCAAAGAAGACACAUAUACCCCAAGGGACCCCAAGGAACAUUUCUAUGCAAAGAAUCAUGAUUAAAGUACCUGUACCGAUAAUCUAUUGGAUAGUAAAUAUGUUCAUGGGUGUAAAUAAGAUGACCAUUGAAGGUUGUUGAACAUAC